AUUUUGUAUGUUCUACCCGAUGUACAAUUUUCAUUCUAGGAAUUUGUAUUGUGCGUAAAUUUUGUCCGUACUUUCAUUUUCGUGUAAAUUUCUUCUUAGAACGAAUAAUUCAGCCGUGAAAAAAUGUCACAGGAAGCUGUGAAUAACGAGAUGACGGAUAUUAAUAAGAAAAAUAAAGAAAUUGAAGAAAGAAGAAGUCAAAUAGACGUUGAAAUGAAAAUGGAAAAACUCAAGUUAAAAAAAGACAGCAAAGAUUUAAAGGAGUUACAGGCGAGUAAAGAAAAGAAAGAAGAAAAGCUAGAUCUUGAGGUAAUCAGAAGUUUACCGGAGCAGCUAAGGGACAUCUCUAUAUAUAUAAAUGAUGAAACCAUAGAGCAUAAACUGGACACCCUUUCUAAAGACGCAGAUGAUCUCAACAAAUGUUUAACUAAAGCAUUUGUAGGCACUGAGAAUGAAGUUUUGGAGCAAUGUACAAUGCUUUCAAAGAUGUCGUGUCCAAGCCAAAUUGAGAUUGAAAAAUUGUCCAACACAUUGUCUGGAUUUGAAACAGACCUUCGUUGUUGUACUCAUAAAAUAUUUGCAAUGAAACAAAGCAUUAACAGUUUCAUCGGAAUCAAUCAGAGUGCAAUGAAAAGUAUGGAAGAUGAAAUUGAAUCAGCUAAAAUUGAAGUUGAAGGAUUAGAUAAGGUGAUUUAUAUUACGGAAAAUGAAAUAAGAAAGUACGAGGAGGAAGCUGCCAACGAAGAACGUGAUGCUGUUGAACUCGAAGAUCGAGCAAAGUACCUUAAACGUAAAGCACGGGAAUAUAAAGACAAUGGAUUCCUAUGGGGCAUUGGGUCUACUGUAGUAGGAUUACUAUUUGCACCAGUCACAUUUGGUAUGUCUUUUGGAGCUGGGCUAGCAUCGGCAGGAAUUGGUAUGAAGGUUAACUAUGAUAGUGCAUCUGAAUGUAAGAGGUCUGCAUCAAGGCUGAGAACUAGUGCAGAAGACAAAAGAUCCACUGCUAGAAGUAAAAAGACAUUAAAGGGAGAAUUAGAAUCAAAGAAGAUCUUGAAAAAUACUGAGCUGCAACUUUAUCAAACUAAGAUUGAAAAUCUUUCAAAGACUUGCGAUCGACUCACCAGGCUUGAGAAUCUUCUAAUACCAUCUGUCGCAGGCUUCGAAUGCGCCAUUACUAUUGCACAGGAUUUCAAGGACAUGGUUAAUGGGACAAAUUUGCAAUGUGACUCCUUCCGACUUAUAAAAGAAGUUUGUAUUGAUAUGGACUGUCCUGAUGAUCUUGACGACGAAACUGAAGAAGAAAUGCGCAAAUUGAAGGAUUUCAAGGACAUGGGGAAUGGGACAAAUUUGCAAUGUGACUCCUCCCGACCUAUAAAAGAGGGUUGUAGUGAUAUGGGCUGUCCUGAUGAUCUUUACGACGAAACUCAAGAAGAAAUGCGCAAAUUGAAGGAUUUCAAGCACAUGGUUAAUGGUCCUGAUGAUCUAUGCGACGAAACUCAAGAAGAAAUGCGCAAAUUGAAGGAUUUCAAGCACAUGGUCAAUGGUCCUGAUGAUCUUUACGACGAAACUCAGGAAGAAAUGCGCAAAUUGAAGGCGAAAUGGAGGGAACUGAUGCAAAUGUUCAAAAGAUACCAUGAUAAUCAUGGCAAAAAGUUUUAAAAUAAACAAACUUUUCAAAAACAUUUGACCAUUAUAUUCAUUUCUACACCAAUACAUUCGUUUGUCAAUGGAAAAACUUCAUUAGAGAUUAUUUAUGACGAUAACAAACUAUUUAUAACUUGUGCUAAAAAUAUCUGACCAACAAAAGCAAGUGGUAAAGUUAAUAAACGCCAUUGGAUUAUAAUAACAUAGUCUUAACAAGUUUAUCAUACAUAUCA